AUGGGCUGCACUACCAUCACUCUGAUCACCAACAAGAGCCGACUGAUAUGCUCUGGAGACAAAGGCCCCCAGUUGCGCCAAUAUCAAGACGAGUCUGUGUGUGAUGAGCAUAUAAUGAUGAGUAUAAGUGAAGCUAGUGUUGUCUGUGCCGUCUCGUGCCUCGAUAUCAGUCGAGGGGUGAGAAAUUGGGAAUUACCGAAACUGUACUGCUCCCUUCUGCGUCCGUCCAUCUCGAUUGAGCUUUCAGUCGUGACUCAGAUUCAUUUCUUGGGACCACUUUCUAUGCAACUUGUUGGGCUGUUGUCGGAUGAUGGGGGAGUCGUUGGAUGA